AUGGACGACCGCGAGCAGUCCCCUCCCGUGGAGCAGCCACCCUCGCACCACGUCACGCACCAACACCACCAACCCGCCCCGGCGGGCGACCCCUCCGCCACCACCACCCCAGACACGUCGCCGCCGCGCGCACCCACGUCGCUAGCGUCCGAGGCGGGCGGCGCGGUCGUGGUGGUGGCGACCGCCCCGGUCACCAGCGCCGCCCCGGCGCUGCCGCUGCAAGGCGAGGCGGUGGGCGCGCGCUCCGUCAUCACCACGACGCGCGCGCCCGUGCACCGCACGCUCACGCAGCACGGCACCAUCGUCACCACGGCCGUGCCGCCCUCGCCCCAGCACCAGCAGCACCAGCAGCAGCAGCAGCAGCAGGGCUCGCCCGACGCGGCCGGGUACGCGCCGUCGCCGCCGCAGCAACCGCAGUACCACGCGUCGCCCGCGGCGUCAGUCGCGCGCUCCCCGCCCGACGCGCAGGCGCACGCUGUCCACUACAUACAGGUGGCGGAGCAACCGGCGGGCACCCCGCAGCGCCAGCAGCACUACUCUCCGCCGCAGUACGGCACCCCCGCGCCCCAGCAGUACUCCCCGGCCGCCACGCCCGCCGCCCCCGCGCACUACUCGCCCGCGCCCACGCCCCAGCACCCGGGCCACUACUCGCCCGACGUCCAGCAGCAGCAGCAACAGGGCCACGCGAUGACUCCGCCGCCGCCGCUCAACACGCUGCCCGUGUACGAGACGGCCUCCGGCGUCAAGUACGAGGUGGACGCGUCGGGCCACCCCGUCAAGUACGAGGUGGAGCCCGGCCACACCAUCAAGUACGAGGUGGACUCGACGGGCCACGCUGUCAAGUACGAGGUGGACGCCGGGGGCCACACCAUCAAGUACGAGGUGGACCUGAGCGCGGCGGGCGCGGGCGCCGACCUGGCCACGCUGCAGGACCUCAAGACGGCCGAGGAGGCCCUGGCGGCGCAGGCGGCCGCGGAGCAACAGCAGCAGCAGCAGCAGCAACAGCACCAGCAGCACCAGGCGCAGCAGCACCACCAGCACCAGCAGCACCAGGCGGCCGCCGCCGCGGAGCUCGCCACCACCUACACCACGCUCGAGACCGUCUCCAUGAGCUCAGGCUCGCAGGGCGCCGUCUACCCCACGUACUCGGACGGGAGCGUGGCGUCGCCCUACUCGCAGUCCAUCCUGGUGCCGGGCGGCUACUCCUACAGCAGCAAGUUCAGCCCGCCGCCCGGGGGCGCGGGCGACAUGCUGUACCAGCCGGCGGGCAAGCUGCUGGGCAAGAGCGACCCCACGCUCACGUCGGCCAGCACCAAGGCCAGCACCCCGCAGCCGCUGCUGUUCGGCGGCGGAGCUGGCGGCGCGGGCGGCGGCCUGGCCUACGACGCGCCCGGCGGCAGCCCCGGACAGACGCUGGAUGGAAUGGAGAUAAGGUAUUAG